UCAUUGUAACACAAUACAGUAGAGUUGAACGCUUGUAUGCAAGUACAGUUUGAACAUAGGGGAACUAUCACACGUUAUUCUAGGGAUUUGGGGCACUAUUUACUCGACAAAACUGAGGAUGAAGAUCCCGUAUCUUACACAAUUUGGAAUUCUAUUAUUUCUGCUACUUCGGAACGCUAAUGGAGAAUGCGAUAAGCCUCUUGGCAUGAAGUCGAGGCCAGGCCAGGUCGCAAUAAAGGAUGAACAGAUUACAGCUUCUUCAGAGGACUCAGAUUUACUCAGAGCCGCACUUGCACGACUGGACGAGCAAAGUUCGACAGAGAAGAGAUCAUUAGGCGGAUGGUGUGCUGAAGACAGUGAUAGGGACCCCUACCUCCAGGUGGACCUGCUAAGAGUCCAUACCAUCUCGGGGCUCGCGACACAGGGUGUGGCCGGGCACUUCGCGGCGUACGCCAUGGAAUACACAAUUGAGUACAGCUAUGAUACAUUCACGUGGUAUGACGUCAAAGAGAAAGGGGCCAGCAAGGUAUUCCCUGGCAAUAGGAACAGUAACAUCCCGAAGUCCGUCAAGUUCUCGAGGCCUUUGACCGCGCGCUCCAUCAGGCUUCACAUCAAGCGAUGGUCCUCCAAGAAGUGUCUGCGCAUGGAACUAUACGGCUGUGAACCGAUCGAAGAUUGUGAAACGCCUGUUGGUAUGGAAAAUCGUGUAAUCCCGGAUGAUCACGUGACCGCCUCGUCACACUGGAACAACCACGAGGCUUCCAACGCAAGGCUCAAGAACGAGGCUGGCUUUCUCAACGGCACGUUCCGAUGGGGGGGAUGGUGCACUGAUAAUCUAGACAAGCAUCAGUACAUACAGGUUGAUCUUGGCCACGUGAGGGCCGUGUCUGCUAUCGCUACUCAGGGCUACAUGCGGGACAACUUCGUCAAGCAGUACCGGAUGAACUACAGUAUAGACGGCCAGGAAUGGAAACCUUACGUACGAGACGGCGGUAGCAAGAUUUUCCUGGCGAACUGGGAUAACGACACGAUCCGUCUUAACACGUUCACGCGUAUCUUUGCACGCUUCAUACGGCUCAAUCCGAUCCAGUGGAAUUCGUUCGGUUAUGUGUGCAUGCGCAUUGAGAUCUACGAGUGCCUGCCAACGAGAGGAAGCGUACCAGACGUCUCUCCUCCCGGCGCCACUUUUAAAGUGAACCGAACCAGCGACCUCAAUCUCACCUGUCAGGUCAGCGGUCAGCAGGGCGCUAUGUCCACGUGGCUUAAGAACGGCAUCCCAUUGGCUGCUCCCUAUCUAUCCUCGAGCUCGCAACUAGCCCCAGUCCUCCCAGACGUUACGGUCAAUACGCAGAACUUCGGCAACGGGACGACACUGAGUCACUUGAGCCUGCGAAAUAUCAAAUACCGGGACAGUGGUUCAGUGAUUUCGUGCACGGCUGGGUACCCGGAUGUGGCGAUAAAUACGUCUCGAAAUGUGCACGUGUUCGUGAUUGCCCCACGCCCAAUGAUCAAGAUCUCCAACAUCAAAUCGCGAUCAGUUCUUAUCGAUAUUAUUGACCAGUCAGCAACAGAAACCAUGAAAUAUUUCAUUCGCUUCCGCGCCAUCGAGCAAACGACCAACGGCUGGACUAGAGUAGAGCGCAUGCGUGCACCAGCACGAGUCUCUUUGGGAAGGGACAUUUUCACGAUGGUGCUUGACGAGCUGGUCCCUUAUACGACGUAUAUCAGCGAGGUGGCACCGUUUUACCGAAAUGACGACACGGGGCCGUAUAGCGAACCUAUAGUGUUCACGACUGACGAGGAUGUCCCUAGCGGUCCUCCCCGUGACGUCAUCAUAGAGCCACUGAAGCAAGGGUCAAUCCGGGUCUCAUGGUCCGUCCCAGACCUCGAGCAUCGUAACGGCCGGAUCGUGAAAUACGAGGUUCAGUACGCCCUGAAGGGCUCGGCCGUGCUCAAGACAUCACUCACACAGCAGCUACAGAAAGAGAUCAACGGACUUGACCCCAAGGGGAAGUACAAGGUCUCCGUACGUGCCCAUACCCGCAAAGGACCUGGGCCAUACAGCCAAAGUACACUUUUUGAUGGUGUCCAUGCAUGGAAACCAAAAUCCGAGACGACCAAGCGACUGGAGCAGCUCUCGAAGGUCACCGUAACCGAUGUGAAUGCCGGGAAGGUGACUGCGGAAGUGAAAAACAUCACUGCAAAAAAGGACUCUCUAAAGGAGGAAGACAUUUUGCUCACCUCUUACAUCCUUAAAAAGGUUGUGCUGACCAACACGAGCUCAGAGACCGUAGGCAACAGCUUGCUCACCACGCUAAGUAACGUGAUGGACGUGGAUAGUGACGUGUUGCGCAGAACGCAAGAAAAAUACAACACUUCCGCCAGGUUUGUAGAAGUCCUGGAGGUGUACAUCGACAAAGGCGGCAAGUUCAGUAUAGACACCCCAAACAUUGCCGUCCACACACAAAAGAUCAAAUCCUCCUUUCAUGGCAUCCACACCACAGUUACGACUACAGACAACAAGAUCAACAUCACCACUAGCACCGGGACCACUCCCGGGGCACGGGAUCCCCAGGUCCAGAUCGAUAUGCCUUCUUCCAUGUUCCCCAACAACGACACAAGCAACGAGACAGUGAUCUUCGUGUACUACAAGAACUCCAAGCUGUUCAAGCCGAACUUCCGAAUACUAGAGGUGUGUCGCGAUGGCUUUACGAGUCGGGAGCGACGGUUCUUCGACGGAGACACGUUGUCUGUCGAGAGGGUAGAGAGGGAUAUUAUUACCGAGAGUAGCCCGGUGAUCGCGGCUAGCCUGAAGGGACGGCACGUGGCGAGUCUGAGUAAACCAGUCACUAUCACAUUCAAGAUGCCGCCUGAUAUGAUUCUAGAUAACAACUCGACAAAAUGCCGUUGGUGGGACUUUAACGCAAAUGGCGGUAUGGGUGACUGGAGCGCCGAGGGGUGUCAGCUAGAGGGAAUCUAUAAUCAUACAGUCGUCUGUCAAUGUGAUCACAUGACUAAUUUCGCUGCCUUAGUGGACGUGUAUGGACCAUCGACAAAGCCUUGUGGUGCGCACGAGCUGGCUCUCUCGUUGAUCGCGUACGUCGGCUGCGGACUCUCAAUACUAGGACUCGCUCUCACCAUCUUCACCUACGCGUUUUUCCAAAAACUACGUAAAGAAAUCGCGGCCAAGAUCCUACUCCACCUGUGCUCGUCCCUGCUGUGUGUCCUCAUAGUGUUUACUGCUGGUGUGGAUCGUGCGGGCUCGUCUAACCUGUCGUGUCAGGUCGUUGCCGUGCUUAUUCACUACUUCCUUCUGGUCGCGUUCAUGUGGAUGUUGAUAGAGGCGUACUUUAUGUACCUCGCCUUCGUCAAGGUGUGGCGCGACCACGGCGACUAUGUCAUGUGGAAAUGCGCGGCCAUUGGAUGGGGUCUUCCGGCAGCUGUUGUCGUGGCAACCAUCGCCGUGGAUAAAGAGAGUUAUGGCGGUGAACACUACUGUCGACUGAAGGACUUGCCGUUCUUCGUGGCGUUCCUAGCGCCCGUGGUCACCAUCGUGUUGGUCAAUACCGUCAUUUUCACCAUCAUCAUGUACAAACUGAGCACGCGGCCCUUGCCGAGCUCCGCUGACAAGGAUCGCGGGCACGAGGGCAUGAUUCAGCUACGUCGGGCCUUGGGGAUCCUCAUACUGGUUGGGCUGACUUGGAUGUUCGGAUUCUUCGCUAUCAGUACCCUCCGUCUGGCGUUCACUUAUCUGUUCGCCGUGUGUAACUGUCUUCAGGGAUUCUCCAUCUUUAUGUUUUAUUGCGUGACGCAACGGAAUGUUCGAGAGUGCUGGUGGGCGCUAGUCACGUGUAACCUCAAGAGUUUACAGAAGAAGCACGUGUACACUGACUCGUACGAUAGGCGAAGACUCUCGUCUGCCAGCAAGGCGCAGCACGAUGCCAUGCGUGCACGCACCAAUACGGCACUGACACAGAUCAUGCAGAUGCCGAUGCGGGACGUAUAUCGACCGGAAGAACCCAUCCCGGAGAAGAGCAGUGAGAACCCCAAUUACGAAGGCAGCCUAGGUGAAGAGCCCAACAUGGCGGCCGACGUGACGGUUUAUAUCGAGGCAGCGGACAACGGCAGCCACUACAGCAUUAACCAAGAUAUCAGCAGGCAGGGCUCUAUAUCCGGGAGCUUUAACACCUCAUUCAGGUCACGUGAGCCGAGCGGGUCACGUGGUACAGUAAAUUCCGUUACGUCAACACCCAGGUUACAAGUUACGCGGUUUAAAAGCGGGAAUUCCGUAGGCGCUCUAAGUAUGGACGAUCGAGUUCCUGCCGCACCUUAUACUAAGAACACGCUAACACGUACUACUUCUCAUCAGCCUGCGGUCUAUAGGCCUCCUGAAUCGCCGAGUUUUCUCAGGCGGACUAAGUCUGCCAGCUCGCUAUGUAAGGAUAACAGGUUUAGUACGGAUAGUCUGAUAAGUUUAGGGGCGUCCACUUCUUCCGAGUCGCUGAGCUCAGACACGCCCAGUACGCCAUCAGGCCUUGUAGGCAAGAGACUGCUGAGGAUAUCGGAUAUGGAUAGAGACAAAUACGGUGAAUUGAUUGUGAGCCCUAAUCGGGGCAGCGUGAGAGGAAUUGUUGGACACGUCGAGAACAAAGUUGACGAGUAUGACGACCUAAUCGAGAAGGAGCGAAAGCGAUCCGUGUCACUUCCUGCACAAGCUUACAGUUACGUGACAUGAUCGGUGUCACUUCCGGCACAAGAUUACAGUUACGUGACAUGAUCGGUGUCACUUCCAUCACAAGCUUACAGUUACGUGACAUAAAAAGAGGGACAUUUACUAUAAUGCCCUAGGACUCAAAGACAUGGGGCCCCACGUGGUUCCCCAACAACGCAAAACAGACACAUGCUUGCGACAUGAUGGUAUACCUUUGGUAUGACGAUAUACCUACGGAGUUCACAAUACAUGUGCCAUCAAGCUAAUGCUCAGCAUACCUGUGUACUUAUGCACGUGGCGCUACUGUAUCCCCGUAUAAGGAGGGGUUAUAUGUGGUAUGACGACAUACCCUGUGAUGGGAUACCUGUGGUACGUCUCAAUCGCUGUGGUGUUUUCGGGAUACCUGCGCCAUACCAAUUGACGCUUCAGCGCUUGAUCAAGUAACAAGGCGCUUGAGGUUUGGAACGAGGCCUACUCGCUAACAGGACAAGGACAAAAUUGCCACAUAGGCCGAUAACCUCCACGGACGGUGAAUCAAAAACUAUGGAACAUUUGUUUUCACUCUUAUUCCCCAUUACUCAAAAAAAUAUAUGACGUGAUUAGGAACUCUGCCAUACGAGGGAAGCCUAGAACCUUAGUGUCGUUUUUAAAACGAGUGUUGGAGUAAGACGGGUGUUUCUUUUAUAAAUAACGGCUACUGUGUAGUUAUUAAGAAUAGCAUGAGAUAAAGCUACCCGAAAAUAUACGGCUAUGUUAUCAAAAGUAGUUGUUUAAUUCCAAGAUGCAAAAAAUGCUGAAUUGACAGGAAUGUUUUUUUUUGCUUUUUUCUAACGCUUAAGCUCUGUUCCUUCAUCAUAGAAACAUAGAUCACAGUUAAGAACAAUAUUUUCAAGAGAUAUAAGAAAUAAUUCCUACUGUCCUUUACAGGGCAGAUUGAAGACAAAACUGUUGUCAAUGAUAUAUUUUGGUGAAUGCUUCAGUGUGAACGUCAAGCCGUUUCGAUUUAAAACCAUAGAGUUAUAGUUGUACAUACAAAAUACAAUAACCCCCUAGCUUGUACAGAAAGAGAGCUAGGAAGAUUGAUAUAAAUAGGUAAAAUAAUUAUUGUGUAAAAUAAAGUACGCUGGUCAUAUUA